AAAUUUGGUGCCUCCCAUCUCUCUACUAGGACAGCCAUGUAGGGACAGAUUGACUGAGACCUUUCUGCCAUACUACUGAAACCAAUCCAGCCACAAGAACCCUUACUUAGUUAAUCCUCAGAUACCUACCUCCCAUAUUUUCUAUCUUAGGGAACUAAGCCUCACUUAUCCAUUAUUUGCAGAAGAAAAGAAUAAAUCAGAGGUAGAAAGAGUCACAGUGAGAGAGAAUAUCCAGAAUAUCCAGAUAAGAGAUCAAUAAGAGAAAACACAGGAAAAUUAGAAUUUGUGAUCCACAUUUUAUUGGCAAGUCAGCCACAUAAUGAUUAAGAUAUUCUAGGUCAGACAGACUGGGUUUUGAGUUCUAGCUGUGCCACUAGUUAGCUAUGUGACUUAGGAAAAUUACUUAAUCUCCAUAAGCCUUGGUUUUCUUCAUUUGUAAAAGUGGGACUAUCUACCUUACAUAAAAAGUAUUUAGCAUAAUGCCUGGUACAUUGCAAAUGAGUCCUCAACAAAUCCAGCUAUUUAUAAAUCAUCAUCAUCAUUAUAUGAGUGGUGAUGUGCUGUCACUAUAUAUAUGGCUAAUAUACUGCAAAAAAAUGGUGAGAAUUAUUAAUCUAAGGCAUGUAAUUAUGCCAAGGCAUAUAAAAGGACAUAGAGAUAUCGCAAGAUGAAUAUGGAAUAUAUAAGAUUAACACAGUUCAUCUCCAAAGGAUAAAUGUGAAAUGUAGGAUGGAUGAGCAGCAGGUAGUCCUGGGAGCUGCAUGUUCAGACUGGAUGAAGUCACCUCCUUUUCUUAUUCUAGUCUAGAAGACUUCUCCUAGGAAGCAGGCUCAUUCUGUAAAAUCCAACUAGUCAGUAUUUACCAAACAUUUACCAUGUGCCUAAGACUACAAUAAAUUACAAAUAAUUGAAAAAAUUAAGGAUAAGAUAUAAUUUCUAACCCCAAGAACCCUACAAUCUCUUGUGAGGGCUAUGAAUACAAUCUAAAAUAAAGUAUCAAAUUCUACAACGUGGACUAUGUAAGUACACUAAGUAAUCACAAAAAGGGAAGAGCUAAUGGGUUACAGUCCUUGGUGAAAAAUUCAUGGAAGCUGGGUUGGAGUGGGGUGGCGGGAGCUGCGGACCUUGACAUACAUAAAGGAUAUUUAAAAGGGAAAAUAAUUGGGAGUUGGGAGCAAUCCAAAGAUGCCACUCUAGAAAUAUUCUGGUAGGAGGAACCUCUAAAAUCAAUUCAACUUUACUGAAUGGCUACUAGUACUGUGUUAGAUGUUGAGGUGGAGAAAAGAACAAGAUAAUCUCUGAUAUCGAGGAAUUCAAAGUGUCCUGAUGGAAAACUAGAAGAGCAAAACAAACAAAAACAGUUAUUACAAAGCUGUGUGACAAAUGCUGUAACAAAGGAAUGACCAGGGAGUUCUGGAGCACUGUGAGAACUUUCAGUAGCAUGGCAGGAUCUUCCGUGUGAGUGAUUUUCUGGAGCUUAGAUCCCGUCUGCCCCAGUCCACCAAUCCUCCGACAGGGGAGGGGACUGGCAUCGAAGUCAUUCAUUCUGAGUGAUGAGGAAGUGAGUGGGAGCUGGGAGCUGACACUUGCACUGAGGCCUGAAGGGUUGAGUAGGUGUUUGCCAGAGUGAUUGGGGAGGGGAUGGCAACUUUGACAGAAGAAAUACCAAACACAAAGGUACUGAGGCAUAAGGGGCUGACAAGUUUAGGAAUUUUGUGACGCUUUCCUGUCUUCUUUCCCAUCACCUUCACUUAGGGUUGCCGGAUAAAAUACAAACUGCCCACUUAAAUCUAAAUCUCUGAUUACCAACUAAGAAUUUUAAAAUAUAAGUAUGCCUCCAAUAUUGCAUGGGACAUACACACUCAGCCCCCUUCAACUCAUCCUGUCCUGUCCGGGGCCCCACAAAUCCCCGGUGAAUACCGGCGAGCUCGUGGAGUAACGCAUGAGAAGGCUUAUCUUCCUUUCACUCCUACAUUUUUCACUCUCGGGUCUCCAGCCCAGGACUGAGGGAUGUAGCGCGCAGCCCGCAGCUCGCUACGCGUCGGAGGGUUUUCCUCUGAGGACUGGAAACGGGGCGCGGGAUAAGGGCGGUGGGGCUGGGGGUUGUCACUUACGAAGAAAUCUCACUCCGCUCCAUAAAAUCCUCAAUCCAGUGCCGGAUUUCCCGGCAAGCGGACGUCUCUCCGCCCAGGGACCGGAAAUCCCGCCUCCGCCGGAAGAAGAUGCGGAAGCGAGACCGCCUAUCCAGAGGAAGGCAAGUGUUUGGCUCCGGCGGCUGAGAAUCCCGCGCGGGGCUGGAGACAGGUAGCAGUACGGGGGCGGGGCUUCAUGCCGGAAGUGGUAGUCCGCAGUUGUUUCGGUUGGCGGCCUAGCGGGUGGGAGAUGCGGCGGCCACCUGCUGCGAGGAACCGAAGGGAAGGUUGGAGGUACGAAGGCAGUUUGGAGCUGGGGCUGAGCAGCUGUCGCACAGUCAGAUCAUGGGCUCGACCAAGCACUGGGGUGAAUGGCUCCUUAACUUGAAGCUGGCCCCCGCCGGCGUGUUUGGUGUGGCCUUUCUAGCCAGAGUCGCCCUGGUUUUCUAUGGGGUCUUCCAGGACCGGACCCUGCACGUGAGGUAUACGGACAUUGACUACCAGGUCUUCACCGAUGCCGCGCGCUUUGUCACGGAGGGGCGCUCGCCUUACCUGAGAGCCACGUACCGUUACACCCCGCUGCUGGGUUGGCUCCUCACUCCCAACAUCUACCUCAGCGAGCUCUUUGGAAAGUUUCUCUUCAUCAGCUGCGACCUCCUCACCGCUUUCCUCUUAUACCGCCUGCUGCUGCUGAAGGGGCUGGGGCGCCGCCAGGCUUGUGGCUACUGUGUCUUUUGGCUUCUUAACCCCCUGCCUAUGGCAGUAUCCAGUCGAGGUAAUGCGGACUCGAUUGUCGCCUCCCUGGUCCUGAUGGUCCUGUACUUGAUAAGGAAAAGAGUCGUCGUGUGUGCAGCUGUGUUCUAUGGUUUCGCGGUGCAUAUGAAGAUAUAUCCGGUGACUUAUAUCCUUCCCAUAACUCUCCACCUGCUUCCAGAUCGCGACAAUGACAAAAGCCUCCGUCAAUCCCGGUAUACUUUCCAGUCUCAUUUGUACGAGCUCCUGAAGAGGCUGUGUGAUCGGGCUGUGCUGCUGUUCGUAGCGGUUGCUGGACUCACGUUUUUUGCCCUGAGCUUUGGUUUUUACUGUGAGUACGGCUGGGAAUUUUUGGAGCACACCUAUUUUUAUCACCUGACUAGGCGAGAUAUCCGUCACAACUUUUCUCCAUACUUCUACAUGCUGUAUUUGACUGCAGAGAGCAAGUGGAGUUUUUCCCUGGGAAUUGCUGCAUUCCUGCCACAGUUCAUCUUGCUUUCAGCUGUGUCUUUCGCCUAUUACAGAGACCUCGUCUUUUGUUGUUUUCUUCAUACAUCCAUUUUUGUGACUUUUAACAAAGUCUGCACCUCCCAGUACUUUCUUUGGUACCUCUGCUUACUGCCUCUUGUGAUGCCACUAGUAAGAAUGACUUGGAAAAGAGCUGUAGUUCUCCUAAUGUUAUGGUUUAUAGGGCAGGCCCUAUGGCUGGCUCCUGCCUAUGUUCUUGAGUUUCAAGGAAAGAACACCUUUCUGUUUAUCUGGUUAGCUGGUUUGUUCUUUCUUCUUAUCAACUCUUCCAUCCUGAUUCAAAUUAUUUCCCAUUACAAAGAAGAACCCCUGACAGAGAGAAUCAAAUAUGACUAGUGUAUGUUCCACACCUUCUGCUACUGUGUUACAUUCUGAUUGUCUUGUAUGGACCAGAAGAGAGCUUUGGGGCAUUUUUUCUGAACAUUCUAAGGAUUCUAGUGAAAGUUUCCGUGUUCCAACAGAAUGUUUGUCUUGUAUAUAAAAGGGACACAAUAAUUGAGGUCCACCUUCUAGGAAAUCCUAGGACUCGUUUAUUUGGGACAUGGUGGGAAUAAAGUGUAGGAGGACAAGCCGCAGACAAAACUCCUCAGACACCAAGUUAAAGAAGGAAGGGGUUUAUUCGGCCGGGGGCAUGGGCAAG